ACUCUGGACCUACCACUUUGCCAGGAUCUGUUUACAUUAUUCAAUUCAUAUGAAAAUGGAAAGGGUCAAUAAAUGAGUAGAUAAAGGCCUCCCAAGUCUUAGCCCAUACGGCCAUGCCUCAAGGUGCAGAUUGCAGAAAGGACAGACACCCCAAAACUGAGAGCGAAAGCAAAUCAGGAUAAUAGCCAACCCGUUGCCUGCGUCUUUGUUCCUGCACAACACGGACAAACUAUUCUUAUCAGUAGAGAAAUACUUACUAGAUAUAUAUAUAUAUAUAGAGAGAGCGCUAUCCACAUAGGUAGCUAUGAAGCCGUCUGAUGUCUUCUCUAGUCUCCCUUCCAGAGCUUUCUUUUAGUCAGAAAGAUAGAUUUAUGACUCCUGAGAUCUUAGCUGUGCUUUCCUGCCCCAUCUCUGAGGUCUGCCCAUAAUAUUUCGUCUCAUUCCCAAAUUUACUCCCACCAAGUAGCUCUACCUCUUUGUAACGCCUUCCAAAUUGAGUACUACUUCUCCGCAUAGUACUAUAUAAUCAAAGCAUUCUCCUUCGUACUCAGACUUAGACAGAGGAAUAAGUACUACAAUACUCUGAAAACAGACACAAUCUCGUUCCUGAGAAACAGAACUGUACCCCUUAAUAGGUAGAAUGAAGAUCCAGUGUGACGUUUGCAAUACAGACGAGGCAUCCGUUUUCUGUUCCGCGGAUGAAGCAGCUCUAUGCCAAGCAUGCGACCAUCGAGUUCAUCACGCAAACAAGCUUGCUAGCAAGCAUCAUCGUUUCUCUCUUCUACACCAUCCCCUGAAAGACUCCCCUUUCUGUGACAUUUGCCAGGAAAGGCGUGCACUGCUGUUUUGUCAGCAAGAUAGAGCCCUUCUUUGCAGGGAAUGUGAUAUUCCAGUACACAAAGCCAACCAACAUACCCAAAAGCAUGACAGGUUUCUUCUUACCGGAGUAAGGCUCUCAGCUUCUUCAUCCGCAAACCAAACUCCAUCAUCCUCAACUGUCUCGUACGCUGCUGGCAGCACAAGAACUGCUAAAACUGAAAGCAAGAGUGCUUCGAGUGUUAAUGAUCCACACAAUCUCAGGGCCAACUCAACUGCAAAGACUUCUAAAUCAACAUCAAAUCAUCUUAGUUUUGAGAUUGAGAGUCACUGGACGAACCAAGAAGGUUCUGUCGCUACCAGUAGUAUAUCAGAGUAUCUCACGGAGACAUUACCAGGAUGGCAUGUUGAAGAUUUUCUUGAUCCACCUUCAUCUUUUCCUUAUGACUCAUGACCAGACGACGUCACCAAUUGCCUACGAAGAAUUUGAAUGCACUGCGGGUUAUUUUUCAAAUGUAAAAGAUUUAGCCCAUUGGGUACCGGCACCGCAAGCUCCAAUAUAGUUUCAAACUAAGGGGAUGAAGAGUCUGAUGAAUUGAAACAUGUGACAAAGAAACCAAAGAAACAAAUUUUUGUAGUCAACAGACUGGACGUACUGGUUAUGACCGUAUAUACAGUACAUACAUCAUCGCCUUUUCCAGCUGCUGACUUUUGGACCUUUUGGCUCUUACCGAGUAUUCUGCAAGAUGUCUGUGGAUUUGAUUUUUCAAA